UCAGCGCUUGCCACGCCUCUUCUCUGCCUCAUAUUGGAGUCGGAGAAACGGGACCCGACUAACUAAAAGUGAUGAGCUCUGGAUGUAAUUGCGAUUUUUAGAUAGACAUCUUUGGGCUUGUAGCAUGCCUGUUGUGUAAGACGUUCAGAGAGCUAUGUGUUUAGCUGCUUAGUUAACCGAGGUUUGGUGAAAUCCGCCACGCACCUAACUAGCUAGCUUAGCUAACGUCAAACUUUUGAGCCUUUUUUGGCGUGCCAAGCUGUUUGUCUCGCUGCGGGCUGUUAUGAAGAACAAACAAGGAAACGUCUUUUCGAGCUAGCUGUAGGGCUUUCAUGUCAACUUUUGUUUUGCCAAUUAAUUAAAUCCUUAUUUUCAACUUAAAUAUAAAACUAUAGAUAUUUUUUUGGCUAGGUCGCUAACGCUAGCAAGAAGUUUAUUAGCUAGCAAAUCUGACAAAAUCAUUGCUUGGCUCGAGACUGUACUGUUUUUUUGCAGGAGUGUUAAACUUCUCAUUAGCUAGCUGGAGUGGAGUCGUCUGGGUUGCGAGGGGGGGCUGAUCAUGUAGUAUUGUCUCAUUACGGCCAUCGUGUUUGUCAUCAACUGUCAACAAAAUGUCAUUGGAAGAUUUUGAGCGGCAUUUAGCGUCUCUUUCUGACUCGGGCUGUGAGUCAGUGAGCGGCGCCCCGGCCCCGAGCUUGUUCAGCGGCGAGGAAGAGAAGUUGCACUACAUUCCCAUCAGGGUGCUGGGGAAAGGGGCUUUUGGGGAAGCCACCUUAUACAGACGCACAGAGGAUAAUUCCUUGGUGGUUUGGAAGGAGGUUGAGCUGACUGGUCUCUCAGAUAAAAAGCGCAGAGAUGUCAUGAAUGAAAUCAGCAUCCUGUCCAUUCUCCAGCAUAACAACAUCAUAGCGUAUUACAACCACUUCAUCGACAAGAACACCCUGCUGAUCGAGCUGGAAUACUGCAAUGGUGGAAAUCUGUACGACAAAAUUAACCAACAGAAGGGGGUACUCUUUACACAGGAGGUCGUUAUAUGGUAUCUGUUCCAAAUCGCAUCAGCUGUGGCUCAUAUUCAUAAAGCUGGCGUUCUGCAUAGGGACAUUAAAACAUUAAAUAUUUUCCUCACCAAGACGAACUUAAUAAAGCUAGGAGACUAUGGUUUGGCCAAGAAGCUGGAUUCAGAGUAUUCAAUGGCAGAGACGUGUGUAGGCACUCCAUACUACAUGUCACCUGAGCUUUGUCAAGGGGUCAAGUACAACUUUAAAUCAGACAUCUGGGCCAUGGGAUGUGUUUUAUAUGAGCUUCUGACUCUCACCAGGACCUUUGAUGCGACGAAUCCCCUAAACCUGUGUGUGAAGAUCGUCCAGGGCAACUUUACGAUGGAGAUGAACUCCGAUGUUUAUUCCUCAGAGCUCAUACAGAUAGUCUACGUAUGCUUGGAUCAGGAUCCGGAGAAGAGACCUACUGCUGAUCAGAUUCUUGACCGGCCAAUCAUCUCCUGUGAUAAACAGAAGUUGGAGGCACGUGUGGCUGCACUAAAUUCAGCCAUAAAGAAGCCCAGGUUGAGCACAGUAUCAGACACCCCAGUUGCUGUAGUAACCACCCGUUCCAGAGAGGUGUAUUUCUGGGGUGGAGGGAAGUUCACCCCUCAGAAACUGGACGUGUUUAAGGGUGGCACUAGUGCGCAGCAAGUGUGCGCAGGGGAGACGCAUUUUGCUGUGGUUACUGUCGAGAAAGAGCUUUACACUUGGGCUAGUGUGCAAGGUGGUGCUAAAAUGGUGGGCCAGCUUGGGCAUGGGGAUCAGGCCUCAUACCGACAACCUCGCAAGGUGGAACGUCUACAGGGAAAAGCCAUCAGACAGGUGUCUUGUGGGGUAGACUUUACUGCCUGUGUAACUGAUGAGGACCAAAUGUAUAUGUUUGGCUCAGACUAUUACGGCUGUAUAGGCGUGGAGAAUGAGAUGGGUAUGGAAGUUCUUGAGCCGGUUCUGCUGGAGUUCUUUCAGGAACGGCCAGUGAGACAGGUGUCCUGUGGAGACAACCAUGUGGUAGUGCUCACUCACCAUGGAGACAUUUACUCCUGGGGCUGUGGAGAACAUGGUAGACUUGGCCUGGACUGCGAAGAUGACUUUGCUUCUCCUAUGCUAGUGGAAGUACCAAAGUUUGCCUGUAUUGUCGCAGUGUGCUGCGGCAGUGAUGGAACGUUUUUCCUUACAGAGUCUGGAAAAGUCUUGGCCUGCGGAAACAAUGAGUUUAACAAGCUAGGUCUCAAUCAAGGCAUUACCGGUAUCAAGAACCAUUCUAGGGAGGGAUGUCAGGACAUACCAUACACCACAACUCUGACUUUAGUAAAGCUGCUUGCCCGCUUUAAGAUCCAAAUCAUCGCCCCUGGGAAGACCCAUACAGCAGCUAUUGAUGAACGGGGACGCCUGAUGACAUUUGGUUGUAAUAAAUACGGCCAGCUUGGUGUAAGGGACUUUAAGAAACAUCAAGGUGUUCAACUGCUUUUAGGACCCUUUGGGGGAAAAGUCGUCUCCAAAGUGUCCUGUGGAGAUGGCUUCACAAUUGCUGCCACGGAAGAUAAUCAAAUCUUCGCCUGGGGAAAUGCAGGAAAUGGACGUUUAGGUAUGCCUGCUGAUCGAGGAUUUGGCUCUGAGGUUUGCCCUGCUCUUCCUCGCCCCAUAUUUGGUUCCCUGCAUCACGUGCCUGACUUGUCCUGCAGGGGUUGGCACACAAUCAUUAUCAUGGAAAAGCUGCUUAACUCCAAAACAAUCCGUUCAAAUAGUAGUGGGCUGUCCAUUGGAAGUGGGAUAGGGCAGAGCUCCAGCUCCUCUAUGGACUUGGAUAUUGAGCCUGCAUCAGACUCUGAGCUGCGAGAGGGCAUUAUGGGAGGCACUAUGGAGGUUGACCUGGAGGAGAGAGGUCCUGAGACUCCAUCAAUGGUAUCAAUAGAGAGCAAUGCAAAUGAGAGUUCAUGCCCGUCUUGGCUCCGCAAGGAACUGCUGGAUGCAGAAUUCAUUCCCAUGCCUGAUGGCUCCAGAGAUUCCUUGUCUAGCCCUCUGGCUACAUCCUUCACAGAACGUGCUACACUCCCAUAUGAAGAGCUUCGAGAACUAAAGGCAGCUGCUGCAGCUGCUGCUAGUGGGAAUGGCUUCAUGCAAACAGUAUGGGUAGACUAUGAGAGCAUGAAUGGCACGGACUCUGGAGCUUGGAAGAAAGGCAACCUGCCACAACAAUGUGCUCAGCAGACUUGCUGCCAAGCGAGCAGUGAGCUUGCACAGCUUAAAGAAAUGAUGAAAAAGCAAGAUGCAACAAUUCAGCUGUUACAAAAACAGUACAAUGACCAGCUCGAAGAGAAUGAGAGACUGCGGAAAGUCAUUGAUGACCUCAAGGAAGGAUCUGAUCAUUGUGACAAGAGUAACCACCAAGGGAGUCUACCUGAUAAAGAUGAAUGAGAUGGCACAUGGAUUUUAUAAUGACCUGCAGAUAAAGAUCUUCUCUGAACUGAAGCCGGAGUGAGUGAGUAGCUGACUGGAGAAGAUUGUCAUUUGGACCUGGAGUCUUCCAGUCAUCGCAGCAUGUGAGGAAGGACUGUGCAUUACAAAAUAUUUUUGCUGCCUCUUGGUAAAAAUCCAAGUAUAUUCUCUUACAGUACAAGGUUAUAUUAGUCGGUCACAGCAUUCCUGCUGCUGUCUAUGUUUAUACGCAUGUCAGGCACCAAUGUAUUUUUUUUUUAAAUUCUUGAACCGCAAUAUGAAUAGUUUGGGUUCAGGACUGAGCAAGAGCUUGACAGAUCUUUUUAAACUCGUCUAUUUGGAUUAUGGGAGCUAUAAUACAGCACCUGACACGCUUUAAGCUACUUCACAUGUGGUGCCCUAUCUUCAGUAUUGAUUUCUACACCAAAGUGUCUUGUGUGUUUUUCCUCCCGGAUGAGAAUGCGUAGACAUUUCCUUUGGUUGUGGAUUAUGGGGCCUUUAAGUCAGAUAUGCAAAAACAAUAUUUUAUAUAUAUAUUUUUUGUUUUUCAUUUGUGUGUCUCAAUAUACUUUCAUUUUGAAGAUUUAUAGAAACCUGCAACUAAUAAGACUUAAAAAUUGAAUCCGUUAUUUGCAAAUGUGUAUAUGAAUGGUUUUCACAUAUCAUCCAAGAAUCUGUGAUGAUGAAUGUACUACUGAUUUUCAGAUCAUGUAUGCUUGUCUCCCUCUUGUGGUUGUAGUGUGUAUUUUGUAUGGUUCAGGUGGCACUAACGAGAGAUGACCUAUUCCUGGACGUUUUCUUUAUGUAAGUGUUUUAAAAUAUGGGUUAAUCAGGGGGUGCCUCUCCUGCAUUUCUUUAUCUGCACCCAUUUGUUUUCUUCCUCGUUUCUUUUAAGAAAGUGAGUAACAGCGAGAAUUGAGGGUGCACAUAUUCACCGAUCGAGAUGUCCGUGCUUGCUGAAGCAUCACAUUAAGGCAACUUAUUAUUUUUCAUGGGGAAUAAUGAAUCUGCAUAUACCCUGCAUGGAAUUUUAAUUGCUUUUUAAUCAAGGUUUUUAUUUGUGCCCAUAGGUUACUUGUAGUGCUUUAUGGAGGAGGUGGCGCAUUUCAAGGUGCAAUAGUUAAUUUUGUUUUUCUUUUGUUUUUUUCCUUCCUUGUACAAAUAACCUUGUUAAAUUUGUAGAACAUGAUUUAAAACAACAAAACAAGAUGGCUUUAGCAAAAGAAAACGGAGAACAGCAGUUUGGAAAACUGAGAAAAGUACUUGUGUUUGGAAGCACCUUCUUUCAGCCACCAUAGAUCUUGAGGGCAAAGCUUUGUGAACAUGCCCAGGAAACAUUUAAAUGUCUUUCACCACCUAAUCAUUAGAGACCUAAUUUAUUCGAUUUUAUUUGUACAGCACGUUUAACAAUGGACAUUUGUCUCAAAGCAGCUUUACAGUACAUAAGAAACAUAGUACAAAAGUCCAAGAUUAAUGUAAUCCCUAGUGAGCAAGCCUGAGGCGACUGUGGCAAAGGAAAACUCCCUUAGGUGUUAACAGGAAGAAGCGUUGAGCGGAACCAGACUCAAUAGGGAACCCAUCCUCAUUUGGUGACAACAGAGCGUGUGUUUGUAAAUUAUUAUAAACACCAGCGAGUGUGAUUACCAACAAUGUCCUUUCUAUAGUCAUAAACAGUCAGUUGGAGUUGUGUGGUGCAGAUUCAGCAUAUGUAGAAUGUUAUUGUGUGCAUUGAUUAGGAGGUUGUUGUCCUCAAGUCCACAUAGGGUUGGCAUCUUCGCUUUGAAUAUCUAAAAUCUUCACGAAGCAAGCACAAAUAUGACUAGUCUUGCUUAAUGCACUUUCGAAAACAUCUACAUGCAUCACAUUUGUUUUAGAAUUCAUCUUCCUGAUUCCCCUGAGUGCAUUUAAAGCAUUGAUGUUUCCUGGAAAGUGUCGGGCUUUGAUUGAUUUUUGGGUCACAGGCUGAAGAAUAUAGGACUGAGGGAGUCAAGAAGGCUCAAUUAGAAUUGAAGGGAAAUGCCCUCUUACUGACCCUGAGCCAUUUUCUUGGCUUGUUGCCACUUUGUUACUGUCUGAAGGAAGGCAGAAGGGAAAACCAGUUAGCUGAACGUUUCUUGUUGUUGUUGUGGUCAGGCAACCACAUUUUUCCCUAUUGUGUUUUUCUCCUCCAGUUUCAUUAUAUUAAGCUUUUCUCUGCAGUUCACCUGUUCUCUUGAAAUAUUUUGCUAGAAUUAAGUUUUGAGCCCUGCUUGUUUUCAGUGCCUUUGUGUGUGCAGGGUACUCUGUUACAGCCAAACCAGACAUAAAAAGGAUCUGGCAAGACGUUAUUCCUUUGCCUUUGCAUAUUACUAAUCCUGUAGCUAACAUUUUAAUGAAAUGGUUAUCAAAAUGCCAUGCUUUACGUGGGUGCUAAUCUACAUCCACUUUCUGAGCACACCGAAUGAUCUGCUUCUUCUUCUUUUUUUUAAAGGUACAAUGAAAGCAAAGACAUUUUUGUGUGUUUGUAUACAUUACAUAAUUCUAUUUUUGUAUUUUUAUUUUCUUUAUGGUCAUUCUCUUUCCAUGCUCCAUAUGUUAAUAAUAAUAAUAAUAAUAAUAAUAAUAAUAAUAAUAAUAAUAAU